AUGAAGAAAGUUUGUUUAUCCAAGUCAACUUCAUCCUCUACCUCUGCCAAACUCAAUUUUGCUAUUCAAAAGCAUAAGAAGAAUGGUAAUUCAUCUUCAAUCUUUAACAGAUCUACUCCAAUUUCCUUCUCCAACACUGACUAUAUUCAACAAUUAUAUCGUCAAUAUGGAACCACAAGAAUCUCCUUGAAGGAAUUUGAAAAGUUGCUUGUGGCCAACAGAGGUGAAAUUGCCACGAGAAUUUUACGUUCUGCCCACGAAAUUGGUUGCAGAACUGUUUCGAUUUAUGCAAAACAAGAUGCUUCCUCUGUGCAUCGUUACAAAGCAGAUGAAAGUUACUUGAUCGGAAAGGACAAGGAAUUAGGUCCAGUUGAAGCUUACUUGAGCAUUGAUGAGAUUAUUAAAAUUGCCAAGGAGAAUGGAGUUGAUGCCAUUCACCCUGGUUAUGGAUUUCUUUCAGAGAGAGCUGAUUUUGCACGUGCUUGUUCUGAAAAUGGUAUUCAAUUCAUUGGUCCAACUGCUGAUGUUGUUGAAUCUUUUGGUGACAAGACAAGAGCUAGAAAGGUUGCUACUGAUAUUGGAAUUCCUGUUGUUCCUGGAACUCCAACUGCAGUAACAAGUAUUGCAGAAGCCAAAACCUUCUGCUCCCAAAUUUCCUUCCCAGUCAUUUUGAAAGCUGCCAUGGGAGGUGGUGGAAGAGGUAUGAGAGUUGUUUCCAAAAUGGAAGAUUUAGAAGAAGCAUUCCAAAGAGCUUCCUCUGAAGCUUUGAAUGCUUUUGGUUCUUCAGCAAUUUUCAUUGAAAAGUUUGUUGAAAAGCCACGUCACAUUGAGGUUCAAAUCUUGGCCGAUAAGUUUGGAAAUGUUGUUCACUUGUACGAAAGAGAUUGUUCAGUGCAAAGAAGACAUCAAAAAGUUGUUGAAAUUGCUCCAGCUCCACAUUUGAAUCCUCAAGUGAGAGAAAAGAUUUUGGCUGAUGCUGUUCGUCUUGCUCGCCACGUCAAGUAUCAAAAUGCAGGAACAUUUGAGUUUUUAGUCGAUUCUAAUGGAAAGGAUUAUUACUUUAUUGAAGUCAAUCCACGUCUUCAAGUCGAACACACUGUUACUGAAGAAAUUACAGGUGUUGACAUUGUCCGUUCUCAAAUCUUAAUUGCCGAAGGAAAGAGUUUGGACGAAAUUGGUUUAAAACAAGAAAGCAUUUCAGUCAGAGGUUCUGCCAUUCAAUGUAGAGUUACCACUGAAGAUCCAUUGAAUGGAUUCCAACCAGAUACUGGUGUAUUGGAAGCUUUCAGAACUGGUGAAGGUAUGGGUAUUCGUUUGGAUAUUGGUUCUGGUUAUGUUGGAUCAAAGAUUACACCAUUCUAUGAUUCGCUCCUUGUCAAGGUCAUUGGUAAAGGUCUCACUCAUGAAGAAGCUUCCAACAAAUUGAGACGUGCCUUGGCUGAAUUCAGAAUUCGUGGUGUCAAACACAAUAUUCCAUUCUUGCAAAAGGUCUUAUCUCAUGAAAAGUUCUUAAAUGGUUAUGUUGACACCUCAUUCAUUGAUACUAACCCAGAACUCUUCCAAUUCUCAUCCAGUGGUAACAGAGCUCAAAAGCUCUUAUCAUUCUUGGCUGAAAAUGUUGUCAAUGGACCAACUACAUUACUCGUCACUGAUUUGGAACCAUCCAAGAAGAAUCCAACUGUUCCAAAGACACCUACUGGUGCUCCUCCACGUGGCUGGAAACAAGUUCUCGAUGAACAAGGUCCUGAAGCAUUUGCAAAGGCCAUUCGUGAUAGAAGUGAAUUGCUCAUUACUGACACAACCAUGAGAGAUGCUCACCAAAGUUUAUUGGCAACUCGUGUCAGAACCAGAGAUUUAAUGUCUAUUGCUCCAUAUACUGCUCACGCCAUGUCAGAUUGUCUUUCAUUGGAAAUGGGAGGUGGUGCAACCUUUGAUGUUUGUUUGAACUUUUUGAGAGAAUGUCCAUUCGAAAGAUUGGCUAAGUUGAGAGAAGCCAUUCCUAACAUUCCAUUCCAAAUGUUAUUCAGAGGUGCAAAUGCUGUUGGUUACACUGCUUAUCCAGAUAAUGUUGUUUACAAAUAUUGUAAGAAAACAGUUGAACAUGGUAUGGACAUUUUCAGAAUCUUUGACUCAUUGAACUAUGUUCCAAAUAUGGAGUUGGGUAUUGAUGCUGUUGGUAGCGCUGGUGGCGUUAUUGAAGCAGCCAUUAGUUAUACAGGAGAUGUCAGUGAUCCUAAAAAGUCCAAGUAUAAUUUGGAAUAUUAUUUGAAAGUUGCCAGAUCACUUGUUGAAAAGGGAGUUCACAUUUUGUGUAUCAAAGACAUGGCUGGUUUGUUGAGACCUAGUGCAGCAACCUUAUUGAUUGGUGCUUUGAGAAAGGAAUUCCCACACAUUCCAAUUCAUCUUCACACUCACGAUACUGCAGGAACUGGUGUUGCUACUUUAUUGGCAGCUGCUGAAGCUGGUGCUGAUAUUGUUGACGCUGCUAUUGAUAGCAUGUCAGGAUUGACUAGUCAACCUAGUUUGGGAGCUAUUGUUGCUUCAUUGAAGAACACUCCAUUGGAUACUAAAUUGGAUUUGGGUAAACUCUCCAAAGUUUCUGAUUAUUGGGAACAAGCCAGAGGAUUGUAUGCUCCAUUCGAAUGUACUACUACUUUGCGUUCUGGUUCUAGUGAUGUUUAUGUCCAUGAAAUUCCAGGAGGUCAAUAUACCAAUUUGAAUGCUCAAGUUUAUUCCAUCAAUGGUUCACUUGAUGGAUUCCCUAAGGUUAAGGAAUCAUAUGAAAUUGCCAAUAGAUUAUUGGGAGAUAUCAUCAAGGUCACACCAAGUAGUAAGGUUGUCGGUGAUUUGGCUCAAUUCAUGGUUCAAAACAACUUGGCUGAAAAGGAUGUUAUUGAAAAGGCCGAUCAAUUUAAAUUGGGUAUUCCAUAUGGUGGUUUCCCAGAACCUUUGAGAACCAAGGUUAUGAGAGGAAAACCAUCCAUUGAAGGAAGACCAGGUGCUAGCAUGCCAGAUUUUGACUUUGUCAAGUUGAAGGACAAGUUGAAGAAGGAUUUGGAUUAUGAUGCCUCUGAAGAAGAUUUGAUUUCUUCAUCUCUCUUCCCAAAGGUAUUUGAGGAAUAUGUUCAAUUCAAACAACAAUAUGGUGAGGUCACUAAUUUGGGAACUCGUCAAUACUUUAAGGGAAUUAAAGUUGGUGAAGAAACUGAAGUUGAAUUAGAAAAGGGUAAAGUCUUACAUAUCAAAUUGAAGGCCAUUGGAGAAGUUGGAAGUGAUGGUAAGAGAGAAGUUUUCUUUGAAGUAAAUGGUCAAUCACGUCUUGUUUUGGUUCAAGAUAAGAAACUCUCCAAGACUAUUCAAAUCAGAUCAAAGGCCAAUAAGAAGGAUCCAAAUGAAAUUGGAGCACCAAUGCCAGGUAAAGUUAUUGACAUUAAAGUCAAGGAAGGUGAUAAGGUCAAGAAGGGAGAUACUUUAUUGGUCCAAAGUGCCAUGAAGAUGGAAACUCAAGUCAAGUGUAACUUUGAUGGUAUUAUCAAAUCACUUGGUGUUAAGGUUGGUGAUGAAGUUCAAGGUGGAGAUUUGUUAUGUAUUGUUUCUCAAUAAAUUAUUA